UGAGGAACUAUCAGUUUUCCCCCCUCUUCUCUAACCUUUAAACUACUAAAAGACUUUAUAACCAACCUCUAAAUUAUCUAUUUAUAUUUAUUAAAGUUAACACAGCAGUUAUCUGUACGUGUCAUAUUGCGAGACGUUGUUAUUUGUCUUAUAUUUAAGACGUUUGUAGUCGCUGAAUCUGCCCCGACGAAGCUUGCUCACUUUUAGCUCAGCCGUUAGCCACCAUUUAUUUAUCAGAGAAAGAAUCGAUUAAAGUGAAUAAUCACAAUCAUGGAUCAAUCGGGAGUAGCGGCACAAGCACUAAAGAGCCCGUGGGGUUCGGUGGCCCCGGCGGCUCCGGCCUGCUCUCUGGCCGACGUGAUGAGUGAACAGCUGGCCAAACAGCUGGAAGAGGAGAACAGUGACUUCCCUGCUCUCACCGAUCCUGGAGCAGACCUCUUGUUGACAGAGGAAAGUUCAGAUACGAACAGCGAUCUGAUGCUCGCUCAGAUGCUUCAGAAUCAGUUCGACCGUGAGUUCGAUAACCAGCUCCGCCGCGAGGAGAAGAAGUUCAACGGAGACAGCAAAGUGUCCAUCUCCUUUGAGAACUACCGCAUGGUUCACCCGUAUGAGGACAGCGACAGCUCGGAGGACGAGGUGGACUGGCAGGACACCAGAGACGACCCUUAUAAAAAAGACAAGCCCCAGACUACACCCAGGAAAGGCUUCACCGGUAAAGGCAAGAACAUCACCACCAAACACGAUGCAGUGACCUGCGGCCGCAAGAACACGGCACGCAUGGACAACUUUGCUCCAGAGGUCCAUGUGGGAGACGGUUUGGGGAUGGACCUGAAGUUGUCCAAUCAGGUGUUCAACUCUCUGAAGCAGCACUGCUACAGCGAGCAGAGACGCAGCGCCAGACUGCACGAGAAGAAGGAGCACUCCACCGCUGAACAAGCAGUGGACCCUCGCACUCGUCUGCUGAUGUUUAAGAUGGUCAACGCCGGCCUGCUGGAAAACAUUAACGGCUGCAUCAGCACCGGGAAAGAGUCCGUCGUUUUCCACGCUGACGGAGGGAGCAUGGGGGAGGAGGAGCAGCCGGUCCCAGACGAGGUGGUGCUGAAGGUGUUUAAGACGACGCUGAACGAGUUUAAGAACAGAGACCGCUACAUCAAAGACGACUAUCGCUUCAUCGAUCGCUUCAGCAAACUGAACCCACGAAAGAUCAUCAGGCUUUGGGCCGAGAAGGAGAUGCACAACCUCACCAGGAUGAAGAAAGCAGAGAUUCCCUGUCCGGAGGUUGUGGUGUUGAAGAAACACAUCCUGGUGAUGUCAUUCAUCGGUAAAGACCACAUUCCUGCUCCCAAACUCAAAGACGCCAUGUUGAGCUCAGAGGACAUGAAGAACGCCUACUACCAGGUCCUACAUAUGAUGCAGCAGCUGUAUCAGGAGUGUAAUCUGGUCCACGCUGAUCUCAGUGAAUACAACAUACUGUGGCACGAAGGGAAGGCGUGGCUGAUAGAUGUCAGUCAGUCCAUCGAGCCCACUCAUCCUCACGCCCUGGAGUUCCUCUUCAGAGACUGCAGGAACGUUUCCACGUUCUUCCAGAAGAGAGGCGUGACUGAGGCGAUGAGCGUUUACGACCUUUUCAACUCCGUGACGGGACUGAACAUCCCAGUGGGAGAAGAAGAAGAAGGAGAGUUUAUGGCCGAGAUUGUGGCGCUGGAGAAGAGAAACGAGGAUCACGUGCAGAGACGAGGGAAGAAAUAUUUUCCCGUUGCCUCGGAGGACGGCGGCCCUCCUUUAAAACCCGACGCUGACGACUAACGCUCACCCGGCUCGCUCUGUCUUCACGAUCCCGCCGUGUUGAAAAAAAAAUGCCGUAAAAAGGAGGAGUUGAAAGGAGGAGGACAACGGAGCCUCCACCUUCUCCAAACCUCUCCUCACCACCCACUGACCCUCACCGACUGCUUCCUUUAAACAGGCAGGACGGAGCGCCUCCUCCUGGCUGCAGGAGGUUCAUCGUGUUAGACGUUGAAGUCAGAGCGUCCUGGCUGUCUGAGCGCUUUAAGAGAAGAUGACACCAGCUCUCAUAUCCUUCCUGGUUUUAUUGUCUGAUACAUACAUAGAUCCCAGGAUGACUUUUUUUUUUGUAAGAAAACAAGUUAAAACAGGUGAAAUGAUAAAAAUGGGACCUUUUGUUUGCUGCUAAGAACCAUCAGUGGCUCCGUUGUUAAAAACAGAAGUGAUGCAGCUGAGAUUUAUUUACACUUGAAUUCAGACUGAAUUUUUGGGAGGGAGAAUUAGGAUUAAAUUAUGCAAAAAAACAACCUAAUUUUCCAUUUUUUUUAAUGCAGUGUUGCUGGCAGAGAGUAGCAUCAUGAGUUCCAGUAUGUCUGUUAUGUUUCUGUAGCUUCAGCGAGGCGUUAAAACAAAUAAAGAUAUAAAGCAUGUGAUGAUUAAUCUGUUUUCAGUUGUUCUAUAAAACAUCUGAAAACAGUGAAAGCUGUCAGGUGACUCAGAGAUAUUGAAUUAGUUUCACAUCUGAAAUAAGUUUUUCUAUCUUCGUAAAGAGUCGCUGCUUAUUUGCGUUUUAAUUGAUUUAAUCUAUGAAUUUUUUUUCUGUAAUCACUGCCAAAGAUUUUCUUGUGGUGCAGACAUUUUUAUCUUCUUUUAUCCAGCAAACUAAAAGGAAAUGCAUGUUCCAAAAGCUGAGACAUUAUCAGAUUAUCAUUACAAAAUGAAUACACAAACAUAAAGUAAUACCAGCAAAAAAUUAAAUGUACAAACACAGAACGUGUGCAUCUUCUGACCUGAAAUUUAGGAGUAAUUUCAGUCUCUUAAUGCCGCUCUGUUCAUCUUUAUUGGCACACUUCCCUCAAAUUAGUAUGUGAGUUUAGUGUCAUUCACAGGUUUAACAGUAGGUGUCACUAUAACCCCAGAGACACUAAACUACACUGAUAAAAUAAUUACUUUCAACAUGUUUACAAAGCAAACGAGCCACAGUUCAAAUCUUUGAAUAUAAGCAGAUUUUCAUGAGACAGCUACAAACUCUGAAGGUGUGAUGUGAAAAUAACGUUGAAGCUUCAUAGGGAGGUUAAAGUAAUCUAAUGUUUUUUUUGGCUGUAUUUUUUAGCCACAUAAUCCUAAAAAAAUGUCAAAAUACCAAAUGCAAAAAUGUGUUAAAUUAGCAAAUAUCUUCCAAACCUGAUGCAUGCUCUUGUCUCGUUUACCUCAGCUUUUUAAAGUCUUUAUUCCUCUUUGUUUCCUCUGCUCACUCUCUGUCUUCAUCACUUGCUGUGUACUCUUUUGAAGAGUACAUGAAUAUGAUGCAGCACCUAAAAACGAACAAAAGAAACAAUGCAUAUAUCUUUAUAUAUUUCAGAUUAACUCAACAUCUCAGAAGUACACAAUUAGCUAAAAUUAGGGAAUAAAUGUCAUAAAAUACGCCUGAAAACGAAGGAAACUGCAGUUUUAAUUGUGUCAUUUUGUCCUUUUACACUCUGCUCUGUUGCAGUUUAAAGGGUCAGAUAUUUAUGGUGGAAGGGUUCAAAGGUCACAGUGAUUAAGGUGUGGUGUGUUAGGUGCUUUGGUCAUACUUGAAACUGAAAUGUAAAAGAGACAAAUGCAAAAAUAAAGUCAAGUCGUCCUCGAGUCAUUUACAGUUGUUGAUGUUUUCUCACAGAUGUUUUGAAGUUUGAACUUGUGGAAGAUUAUCGUGUGUUUUACUGAAAUUAAUAUAAAGAUGAACACCGGGACCGAAUGUGUCAGGCUCCUCUCAGUGUUGGAAAUGAAAGAACAUGCUUCAUUGUGGUGACAUUAAAGAGGGAAGAA